CCCGCCUAAUUUUCUAUUAUUUUUUGUCUUCUUCUUCUUCCUCCUCCUCCUCUCCCCUCUUCUCCACAAUCCAACUAACACGGCACCCAACAUUUAACACCUCUCCCUCUCUCUCUCUCUUCCCUUUUCCUCCUUCUCUACCUUCUUAUUAUUCCCUUUCUCUCUCUUUCACAGCUCUCAUCUCCUUCGUUGUUUCUGCCUCUAAAUCCCCGAGCGAGUUGCCGGCGAGGGGAAUCUCGCCGGAAAUUCGCUUUUCUACCUUCCUCCUCCGGAAUCUGCCUUCCAUCUCUUCUUCUCCUUCUUCUUGGUUUUUGUGAAAUUUUAAGGGGAGAGGUCUUUUAUUCUGCUGGUUGCGAUUAUAUUGACAAAGCAACAAAAAGGAGGAGAAAAUUGCAGAAAAGAAGAUACAAGGAAAGAAAAAUAAAAAAAGAACCAAAUUAUUCUGUUUUUGCCUCUCUUUCUUCUUUCGUCUUGCUGUCUUCCUUUCUCUUUCUCUCUCUCACCUCCGGCCAGCAAGUUUUUAUUUUUAUUUUUCGAGAGGCGACCAGCUAGCUAGCUUGCAAUGCAGGGGGAAAAGAGGAUCCCUUGAUGCGUCUUUCUUCCCCCUCAUUGUUGCUUUAAAAGUUUGCUGUUCCCUUUCUCAUCCCUCCUCCCAUCUCUCUCUCUCCUCUUGUUCGGCUACCUGCUUUCCCCCAAUUCGCUGCUGCUCUAUUUUGCCUGAACCUUGGUCCCCGGUAUUUGAAGAUGCUGCUAUCGUGGUAAUUCUCAGCUGAAGAAGAAGAAGGUUUGACUGAAUGUACUUCCAUGAUCUGGUAGUCCCCCGCUGCUGCCAGAUUUUAAAUCCGUUUUGAAGAGCUUCUGAUAUCCUGUAUAUUACUAAUAGAGAAAAAGCUGCACCGUUUGAGAUCAUGGAUCAAAGGGGCGGUACUGCUUCCUCGCAUUUCUUUGAAGAUAUUCGUCUUCCCGCCGAGAGACAAGUUGGGUUUUGGAAGCCAUAUGCAAUGAUAGAUCAUCAAGGUGCAAAUGGAACUGUACCAAUGCCUAGCAACAAGUUUGUUGCUUCAUCGCCCUUUGAAACCCUUUCUCCAUCCAGUGCACUGUCACUGGAGGUGCCCCGUUCAAUCAUGACAAGGGGUAGCUAUGAAAAGCUGCGCAAUGGUGAAGGAAGUGCCAAUGUUCCCAAGAGUGCAUGGAACUCGGUGGAUCACCAGCCAAACUCAUGGUCAAGUUUGUCUGCUCAGCCUGCAGCUCAUAGUUUGGGCAGAAAUGGAGCCAGUAUCACUGGAACGGAGUGGGAAAGCAGUCUAUUCUCAAGCUCGUUUUCUGAAGUAUUCAAUAGAAAAAUGAGAUUGAUGGGGAAUGAUGUUCAAUCCCAUGAACCUGCAAAAACCACUAUUUCUGCUUUCGAGGAGGAAGAGCCCUUUGAAUCUAUUGAAGAAAUUGAGGCCCAGACUAUAGGGAAUCUUCUUCCUGCUGAAGAUGAUCUAUUUUCUGGGGUCACUAAUGAGUUGGGCCGUACUGUUAAUACCGCUGCUGGAGAUGAUUUAGAGGAUUUUGAUCUUUUUAGCAGUGGCGGAGGAUUGGAAUUAGAAGGGGAUGAGCAAAUGCUUGCAGGGCGAAGAAAUCUUGAUCUGUUUGGACUUUCCAGUGGUUCUAUCACUGGUAAACACCCCUUUGGUGAACUGCCUUCCAGAACACUGUUUGUGAGAAAUAUCAACAGUAAUGUGGAAGAUUCUGAGCUGAAAACUCUUUUUGAGCAAUACGGGGAGAUCCGAACCCUGUAUACAGCUUGCAAACAUCGCGGUUUUGUCAUGAUCUCCUAUUAUGAUAUAAGGGCUGCUCAAAGGGCAAUGCAAUCACUUCAGGACAAGCCUCUGAGACGCAGGAAGCUUGAUAUUCACUUUUCAAUUCCUAAGGAGAAUCCUUCAGAGAAAGAUGUCAACCAAGGCACCCUAACGGUCCUCAACCUUGAUUCUGCUGUUUCUACGGAUGAGCUUCAUCAGAUAUUUGCUGCUUAUGGAGAAAUCAAAGAGAUUCGUGACACCCCAAAUAAGCAGAAUCAUGUACUCAUAGAGUACUAUGAUGUCAGAGCAGCAGAAGCAGCCCUUAAUGCAUUGAAUAGAACCGACAUUGCCGGCAAGCGGAUUAAGCUUGAACCUAGCCGAAUGGUUGCUUCGAGAAGGUCGGUGCAAAGGCCAGACCAGGAUCAGGAUGAAUCAAAUUUUGGUAGUCAAUUAGAUGACUUGUCAUCUAUGAGAAUGGCAUUUUCCCCUGGAGUUAUUGCAUCCACUGGCAUGGAUAGUGGUUCAUCCCAUGUUCUGCAUGGUGCACAUUCCCCUGUGGGGGCAUUUAUUGAGCCUCAUCGAAGUUCUAGUGUUCCGAAUCCUUUACUUUCUCCAGCGACAGCAACAUCAGUGGGCAAGCAGUUUAGUCAUCCUGAACAGAAACAUUCCAUUCAGGAGAUUAGGUUUGGUAACCAGAGCAUGCCCACUUUCCAUCCUCAUUCCCUUCCAGAAUAUCAUGAUGGUUUGUCCAAUGGAAUUCCAUACAACUCCACAAACGUCCUAGGAGGCAUGGCUGGCAGUGUUGGUUCGAAACUGAUGGAGGGAAUCAAUGGUAGACAUGUUCGAGGGGUAGGUUCUAAUAUGCGCAUGAUGGAACUUGCUGGACGUGGUUCCUUGGGCUUUGGAUCUCCUGGAAACGGAAGCACUCUUCCCGGACACUAUGUGUGGAAUAAUUCUACCUCGGUCCAUCAUCAACAGCCGUCAAAUCAUGUGAUGUGGCCCAAUUCUGCAUCCUUUGUCAAUGGUGCUCCUGCUCACCCACUGUCUCAUCUGCCUGGGUUUCCUAGGGCACCUCCAGUCAUGCUAAACACAGGAGGGCCUGGAUCCCACCAUGUCGGGUCUGCUCCAGCUGUUAACCCUUCCUUGUGGGAACGUCAGCAUGCUUACUCAGGGGAGUCUCCCGACACUUCCAGUUUCCAUAUGGGGUCACUUGGUAGCAGCAUGGGAUUCCCGAGUAGCUCUCCACCACACCCUAUGGAAAUGGCGGCUUCACGCAAUAUGUACUCUCAUGUUAAUGGGAAUUGUGUUGACAUAACCAAAACUGCUGGCAUUCGCUCAUCACCUCAGCAGCAAAUGUGCCAUCUUUUCCCUGGGAGAAAUCCAAUGGUUUCCAUGCCCUCAUCUUUUGAUUCUUCAAAUAACGACCGUGUCAGGAAUCUGUCGCACCGUCGAAUGGAAUCCAACUCCAAUCAGUCGGAUAAGAAGCAAUAUGAACUUGAUGUGGAGCGCAUCAUGCGUGGUGACGAUAAACGAACCACAUUGAUGAUUAAAAACAUUCCAAACAAGUAUACUUCAAAGAUGCUUCUUGCUGCAAUUGACGAGCACUGCCGCGGUUCUUAUGAUUUUCUCUAUCUGCCAAUUGACUUCAAGAAUAAGUGCAACGUUGGUUAUGCGUUCAUCAACAUGACUGAUCCUCUUCAGAUCACUCCGUUCCACAAGGCAUUCAAUGGGAAGAAGUGGGAGAAGUUCAACAGUGAAAAGGUGGCAUCUCUGGCAUAUGCUCGGAUCCAAGGAAAGGCUGCUCUGAUCGCCCAUUUCCAGAACUCGAGCUUGAUGAAUGAGGAUAAACGCUGUCGCCCGAUACUGUUCCACACUGAUGGCCCAAAUGCUGGUGACCCUGAGCCUUUCCCCAUGGGUACUAACAUUCGGUCGAGGAUGGGGAGGCCAAGAACCAGUGGGCAUGAUGAGAACCACCACCACCACCACCACCACCGCCAUGGGAGCCCUUCAGCAGCAAAUGGAGAGGAUGCUUCGAAUGGAACGGACACAUCCUCCAAUUCUGACUGAGUUUUUGGCCUGGCUCUCAUGGCAACUCCUCUAACUCUUUAAUGGAAAGCAGCAGUUGCAUGAACAAGGUCCCAUCUCAAUUCUGUACACUAGAGGUGGUUGCCCCCCCCUGACAACUAUUUUUGGCUUCAACAGUGACGGCCGGUAUUUUCCCGUUCCAUCGAAGUUCUGUGGAGGUCCCUCUUUUUACCCCCCUCUUUUUUGUUGUUUCUUCUUGGGGCUUCAUCCUGUAACCUACCUUUUGAGUAUCUUUAUGUAAUAUGCCUUUCGAGCCCCCGCAAAGAUAUAGAGAGCAACAGGGCUUUUUAACCUCCAUGAAAAGACUCAAAAUUUUGGAGUUGUCGGCAAAGACAAAAGUGAUUAUCGUCAUCAUCGUUGUCUUUAUGGACAGAAGUUCCUUGAUGCAGAGGCAUGCCUGCAUGGCUCAAGAAGAAGGUUCUUCGUUAGUUUUCUUCCCCCUCUGUCAACUCCUGCUUUCAGUUUUGUUGUUUCUUCGGUACCUUCUUUCUGAUGUAAGUUAAAUGUAUCUUUGUUUCUUUUCCCUGUUUUCUUGUGGUUCUUGUUUUUUUGCUUUUUGGGUGUGGGAGGUCUGUGGAAAGAGGGAGGGAAGGAAAGGGAAGAGAGAGAGGAACAGUGGGUCAUAUGGACAUUUCCCUCCCUCAUUGUAGAAUGUAUUUUUGAAGUGCCAUCAUCAUUAUUAACCGUAUAUAUAGCAUGAUGUUACUAAUAUAAAAUUGUGGGUGUUUUAUUAAUCUAGAUUCUCAUUUUGAAGUCCAAUCUGGGAGAGAAAUGAUCGAUUGUGCUUUAUCGGAUGUCCCGACGAACUCGAUUGUAUUAAUUAAAGUUA